AUGGAUCUCACCUAUCCUUUCUUUAUUUUAUCCACGACAGUGGCGUUGCUGUAUUUAUAUUCUAAAUGGAAAUUUUCAUACUGGAAAAUUAGAAAUGUACACCAUUUAGAACCGAUAUUCUUAUAUGGAAACUUAAAAGAAACAUCAGGAAAAAUAAUCCAUUUAAGCGAAAAAAUGUCUAGACUUUACAAAGAAGUUAAAGCUAAAGGUGGUGCGUAUGGUGGUUUCUACUCAUACUGGACACCUGACUUCGUACCAGUUAACUUGAAUUUAAUCAAGGGUAUUUUGCAUAAAGAUUUUACACACUUUAGAAAUCAUAAAAGUUAUGUAAAUGUAGAAAAAGACCCAUUAUCUGGACACUUGUUUAAUUUGAGGGACGAUAAAUGGAAAAGUCUUCGAUCUAAGCUUACUCCUACUUUUACGUCAGGCAAAAUGAAGAUGAUGUUCCAAACAAUUGUAGACUGUACAACUGGAUUAGAAAAUAUACUAAAAGAAUCAAUCACUAUUAACGACGCAGUUAACAUUAAAGAUAUUUUAUCUAGAUUUACAAUUGACGUUAUCGGUUCUGUUGCUUUCGGUAUAGAAAUCAACAGUUUGAAAAAUCCUAAUUCAGAUUUUGUAAAAUAUGGCAAAGCUACUUUUACGAACUCGUUCUCGAAAAGGAUCAAAUUAAUGAUAUUUGCAGUAUUUCCCAGAUGUAUUACAAAUUUUAUAAAAUUAGUUCCACAAGAAGUUGAAUCUUUUUAUAUAAAUCUAGUCAAAGAUACAGUUAAUUAUAGAGAAAAAAAUAACGUGUACCGUAAAGAUUUUAUGCACUUAUUAAUUCAGUUGAAAAAUAUUGGUACAGUUACAGACGACGCAGAAGGACUAUCUGUCCAACAAAUAACCAACGAGGAUCUAGGUUUGACAGUUAAUGAAAUGGCAGCGCAAGCGUUUGUAUUUUAUUUAGCUGGUUUUGAAACUUCUGCGACUACAAUGACUUUUGCUCUUUUGGAAUUAUCGCAGAACAGCGAUGUUCAAGACAAGCUUAGAGAAGAAAUUAAUAGUGUGCUUAAAAAACACGACAACAAAAUUACUUACGAAGCUAUUAAUGAAAUGGAAUACUUAGAAAAAGUUGUAUCAGAAACAUUAAGGAAACAUCCCCCAAUAAGCUUGUUACCCAGAGUUUGUAAUAAGGAUUAUGAAAUAGAAAAUAGUGAUUUAGUGAUAAAGUCUGGAACAAGUGUCAUUAUUCCAAUAAUAUCAAUUCAAAGAGAUCCUGAAUAUUAUCCUGAUCCGGAAAAAUUUGAUCCAGAAAGGUUUAGUAAAGAAAAUAUAUCCAGCAGACCGGCGUUUACUUAUAUGCCUUUUGGAGAAGGACCUCGGACAUGUAUAGGUUUAAGAUUUGGAAUACUACAAACGAAAGUUGGUUUGUGUUCAGUAUUGAAAAACUGCAGAGUAUCCUUAAAUAAAAAAACGAUCGUUCCAAUUGAAUAUGAUUUUGGUAGCGUUUUAACAGUUAAAGGUGGAGUUUGGUUGAAUUUGGAAUAUUUAAAUUAA